GAUGGCGGCAUUAUAAAGGUUGAAAGAGAAAUUCUAAUAUAGCCACACCAUUAAUCGACUCAAUUAUGGAGGUGGCAUCUUGUAUCAAGGCGGUUGUCAUGGCAGCUAGCCAGUACCAAAACAACACCAGUGAGGCGAACAUUGUCAACAUGCAAAGGCAGCUAGAUGUGCUGAUUACUGUAACUGGCAGACCUAAUCAGCUCAAGUGUUUUGAUCCACGACAGAUGUUACCUACAGAAUGUCUCACCUGUGUAGCUGAUAUCCUCAAUGAUGUGGACACCAAACCAGUCCUGAUUCACAAAUGUCUUAUUCUCCUCAAUAAUUUAGCACAUGACAGUGAGAUAAGAAGGAUGUUACAUACCAUAUUUCACUUCACCCCAAUACUAGCCUCCCUCGUCAAGAUGUCCCGAGGGUCCGCAAAUGAUCCAUUGGUUUGUGAUUGUUUGAGUCUACUCCAGAAAAUAACCUAUGGACAGAGGAUACCUUUACAUGAAUCCAAUGUGGAGGACCUUAUCAAUUUCCUAAUCAAACAGAUACAGGGCCCAGAGACUGGUCUCACACAUGCUGCCCUGGGGCUAUUGGCUAACCUGUGCAGAAACAACAGCUCUGUCCAGUCCUACAUCAAAAACCAGGAGCAAAUCCGAGCGUUCUAUCGUUGCUUGAUAUCAUACCUUUCUCACGAGAACCCAUCGUUGAUUAUCUUCUCUUUAUCUGUGCUCACAAGUCUUUGUCUCCACGAUGAACUGGGAGAAAAGUUGUACCAUGGUAAAAACAUCAACAAGACAUUCCAGCUGAUAUUUAACAUCCUGAUCAAUGGAGAUGCCAGGACUUCCCAGCCUUAUGCUGUCGACCUCUUCAGUGACCUUGUGAAAAACAGCAAAAUUCAGGAGUCCUUGCUCGUGUUUGAUCAUCUUUCUGUGUGCCUAGUAGAAGUUAUGAACUUGAUACCUGCCAGCAGUUCUGACUCGGUUGUCAAGCUGUUGGAGUUGCUGGUAUCAUUCUGCUCAGUGGCUGACCUGCGACAGGUCAUUUGUAGAAGCCUGAUUUGUAGCCCCAGUCUUCAGGAGCCUGCUCAGUUUUCCCUCCUGGCCCAGCAGCCUGCCUCUCACAGCAGCCACCCAUUCUUCUCCCUGCUCCAUGUGGCUAGGCAGACUGUAGACACCCAUGACCUGGCUCCCCUUAUGACCCUCGAGUUCCUCAAGGAAAUGUAUGAGGAGCUGGUAUUUUCUGGCCUGACAUCAGAAGUGAACACACACGUGGAUCUGCUGCUGCCUGUGAUCACAGCCACUUUGACAGCUCCACUCACCACACAGGGGGUCUCCCUCCGGAAACACUGCCAGAAAAUUGUCAAGGCAGCUCAAAUACUUCUCGUCUUGAGUGAAGACGAUGCUCUGAGGGAACAUGUGGCAACGUCAGUGGAUACAACCAUUCUGGUGAAACACCUACAAUACCAAUACAACAACAACAAGAUAGCCAUCAACCUGACUAGACUGCUCACAGACCCAGAUGACUGGAGUGGUGCUGGUGUGGACGUGGUACUGUAUAUUUUGGAGUUGAUGUCUAAACUCGCAGACUGUGUGGUGGACAUGAAGACUGGCUUACAACAAGCUCUGCAGGACUCCAGGUUUGUUCCAUUCUUGGCUCAUGGCAUCACCUCUGACAUCAGAAGGCGUGUACAAGUUUCUCUCCAUCUCCUACAGUCAGCAGCUUCUCUCACCCAGUUCUCAACCAUUGUGUUAGGUGACUGUAUAGCAGCUAACAAUUCUCGUCUUGCCGUGGAGACAAGGCCAGGGUUAGCCCCCGUGGUCAAGGCCCAGCCCACAACGCACAGCUCUGUAAUGAGUAACAAGGAGAAUGUCCCAGCCCUCAAAUCGGUCAGCAAGAAGCUCACAGACACUCAAGAGGCCUCCAUACAAAGCCUCAUAGACAAGAUGCAGAUGGGGCUAGAUGUGAAAGACAUCAAGCCUUCAGAAAUGAUAUCAGUUUAUGAACAAAAACUUCAGUGUUUACAGACCAAAGAGCAUCAUCUACAGGAUCUGCUGGAGGCCAAAGCCCUGGCCUUAUCCCAGGCUGACCGUUUACUUGUCCAGUACCGGUCACAGCGAGCACAGUCUGAGGCAGAGUUGGCAAAGAUGCGUGCCCUGGUUCAGGAGGCAGAGCAGAGGAGCGAGGAGUAUCGAGAACAGCUCAACUCCAUCAUGUUAGAGAGAGAGAAAUUACAGAUAGACCAGGAGGAGAUGCUACAGGAAAACAGGAGGCUGGUGGUGAUAGAAGAGGAGUAUAAGGAAGUAUCUGCAGCAUUCAGUGAGCAGUCUCAGAAACUGGAGAAAACUCAGAAGUCAUUAGCAGCUCUAAAACAGCAGCACAAAUCCUUGUCGGAGAUGCAGGAAAUGUUACAGAGGCAUAAUGAGACCCUGAAACAGCAGCAUGAUGUUGCUACACAGCAGCUCACCGAGUCUGAGGAUGUUCGGAAUGUACAAAGGCAGCUUAAAGAAAAAGAGAGCAAAUUGAAUGAGUUGAGUAAAGUCUACCAGAAGCUGGAGGAGAAUCACAAGGUGGUAUCCAGCGAGAAGAACAACCUGGAAGAGGCUAUAGACAAACUGCGGACAGAACUGGCCAAGGCAGAACAGAACAAGAAACACCUCCAACACCAGGUGACCUCACUGGAGCUGUUGUGUCAGCAACAUGAGGCAGCCAUACAGGAAAAGGAUACCCUGAUAGAGAACCAGAAGGUGGAGAUCAGUAAACACAACCAGAUAGCUGCCUUAAUCCAUAAUCUGAGCUCAGGCAAAGGUGUGGACUCCAAACCAUAGCACACAUUACUACAUAGCUGCCCUGAUCCACUAUAUGAGCUCUGGCAAAGGUGUGGACCCCAAACCAUAGCACACAUUUCCACAUAGCUACCCUGAUGCACACUACCUGAGCUCCGGCAAAGGUGUGGACCCCAAACCAUAGCACACAUUACUACAUAUCUGCCCUGAUCCACUAUGUGAGCUCCGGCAAAGGUGUGCACCCCGAACCAUAGCACACAUUACUACAUAUCUGCCCUGAUCCACCACCUGAGCUCCGGCAAAGGUGUGGACUCCAAACCAUAGCACAAAUUACCACAUAUCUGCCCUGAUGCACACAACAUGAGCUCUGGCAAAGGUGUGGACUCCAAACCAUAGUACACAUUACCACAUAGCUGCCCUGAUCCACUAUGUGAGCUCGGGCAAAGGUGUGGACCCCAAACCAUAGCACACAUUACCACAUAGCUGCCCUGAUGCACUAUGUGAGCUCCGGCAAAGGUGUGGACCCCAAACCAUAGCACACAUUACCACAUAGCUGCCCUGAUCCACUAUGUGAGCUCCGGCAAAGGUGUGGACCCCAAACCAUAGCACACAUUUCCACAUAGCUACCCUCAUCCACUACCUGAGCUCUGGCAAAGGCGUGGACUCCAAACCAUAGCACACAUUACCACAUAGCUGCCCUGAGGCACACAACAUGAGCUCUGGCAAAGGUGUGGACUCCAAACCAUAGCACACAUUACCAGAUAGCUGCCCUGAUCCACUACCUGAGCUUGGAAAAAGGUGUGGACCCCAAACCAUAGCACACAUUACCAGAUACUUGACCAGAUCCACAGCCUGAACUUAGGCGAAAGACUCUAAACCGUUUCACACAUUAGCAGGUAGCUGCCCAGAUCCUCAACUUGAGCUCAGCUGUGGACAUCAAACCAUAGUUCAGAACAAUACACACAUGGUAACGCUUGAUCCACAUUGUUUUAUAUAUGGACUGUUCACACGUGUACGGGAGACGAUCUCAGUGUGGCAUUAUGUAAGGCAAGUAUGAGAUCGAUUUAUUUCCAGGAUGCUGCAUAUCUUUAUAGAUUUCUGUCUUGAAAAGUUUAAGGUCAGGGAUUGUAAACAUUAUCACUACAGGUUAUGUGACAUAUUGUGAUUAUUUUGACAUAAACUGUUAAAUUAUCUGUGUACAUAGUUCAUUGGUCAUUCAAGUAAUUCAUGCUGGACGUUUACAAGAAAAUUCAGUGAUCAGUUACAUGUUGUAUUUUUUCUUAUUUAUUUAUUUUUUUAAUAUUACCAUUAUGUGCAUACAUGUAGUUAUGUUUUCUGCUGCUAUCUACCACCCUUAAAGUGUGCCUGCCAAAAUUCCAAGUAAGAGCCUCUUCCCCAAAUCCUUGAAUGAGGAGACAACAUAUUUUGCAAACUCGUGAGUGUGAAGCAGGACAGAGAAUUACUAUUACAUGG